AUGCCUCCGACUAGGAUAUCACGGCCCAUCCUAGGAGCGAGCUCGCGAUUGCUUCGAGCCCAGUGCCAGAGGACUAGUACCAAUGGCAUAGCUCCGGCUAGUACGUUGGCCGCUACCGCCGUCGCUGCCUUUCGCCGGGCUCAAUUCUCAAAGCAGUCGUCGCCGCCGUCGUCGUCGAUAUGCCCAAGCUGUAGCUUUCACACCAGCCGGCGGCUGAGAGACUCCUCGUCUAGGUCGCCGCCGCCCGAACCGCCGAAUUUCGAUCAUCUCAAACCCGAGGAUAAGUCGAGUUCACACCCAAACUUUGACCACCUGAGGCCAGUGGAGAGCAAGCCAGAGCCGGAAGCGCUCGCCUCGAAAGACAUCGAAACGGCAGAAGCAUCAGCAACCGAGUCAGCGCCCACGUUGGACGCGGAAACAUCCAAACUCAGCGAUAAAGAUGAAAGUGGCAAUCCCCCGCUCCCUUCGCAUUCCGAGUCACAGCGCUCCGGCCUUUCGACAGCCUUUACCUCCUUUAUGGAUCGGGCCCAGUCGAAACUGUUCCUGGCCUCGCAACGCAUCAACGACUUGACGGGGUACUCGGGGAUCGAGACACUCAAAAAUCAGAUUGCGGGUUUAGAAGCCUCGCUGGCCGCAGCACAAGAAGCCCUGCACCAGGCACGACGCGACUACAAGACGGCCGUGGCGGACCGCUCGGCGACACAGCGCGAGGUGACGACGCUGCUAGCCCGACAGAAGACCUGGACCCCGGCCGACUUUGAGCGCUUCACCGCCCUCUACCGCACCGACUACGAGCUCGAGGCCGGCGUGGCCGAGCGCGCCCGCGACCUCGAGCACGCCGAACGCGAGGCCGAGCGCCUGGCCCGCGAGCUUAGCUCCGGCAUCCUCGCCCGCUACCAUGAGGAGCAGAUCUGGAGUGACAAGAUCCGCCGCAUGAGUACCUGGGGCACUUGGGGUCUCAUGGGCGUCAACAUCCUGCUCUUCUUCAUGUUUCAGUUUGGCGCCGAGCCCUGGCGCCGAGCCCGUCUCGUCCGCGGCUUCGAGGAGAAAGUCCGCGAGGCUCUAUCCCACGAGAGGGAAAAGGACAAGGCCGAAAGACUGGAAAUGCUGGGCAACUUGUUCCAGUCGGCCGGCUUGGAGGGCGCAGCAGCAGCAGCCGCCGCCGCCGCUACCGCUGGCAAUGCCCAGUCAGCUGAAUCGCCAGAAGAGGAGGCCGCAACCGGAACAAAAGCCGACGUGGUGGGAGGGUCUGUAGAACCGCCUGUAGCGGUUGCAGCUGAGACAGUGCCCGAACUGAUACGUGAACAGCACUCAAUAUCGUGGCGAGAGCUAUUCACGAGCACGGUAUGGUGGAGGGAAACUGCAGCCGACCUGACGAGCGAAAGAAAGGUCGCCAUACGCAUGUGUGAUGUAUCAUUAUUAGCCCUAGAAGGCGCCGCGGCGGGUGCGGCCCUGGCCGGCACAAUUGCCCUCUUCUUCAUCCGAAGAGCGUGA